CUCUCCCCAACAAAGGCUCCUUGUGUUUGGUGGAGAGGAACAGCAGGUGUCAGAGUGAAACAGAGUCAGAUAUAUAUUUCUUUGAUUUUUUGUUAAGUUUGUACACUUAGUAUUUGUGCACUCUGUCCAUCUGAGCUGACUUGGAAAACCAAAACAUUCAGACUCAACAGAAAAACCCGCAGCGUUUUGAUUUGAAGUCAUUCAGGAUUUCCCAUCAACAGCCAGGUGAACAUGACGAACCAGUCGGCUCUUAUCCUGAAGGUGGCCUUGCUGCUGCUGGUGCUGCUGCAGGGCACAGAUGCAAAGAUGGAAAUCAUGACUAGUAAGCAAGAUUUCCUCGUCGGAGAAGAAAUCAUUCUGGUGUGUAAAAUCCUGACUGGAGAAGGAGAAAUGACAUGGUUUAAGGAUGGCACGGAAAUUGAUGAUAGCGACAUGGUGAAACAUGUGGAUGAAACCGUCUCUAAAUUGGUCAUUAAGAAGGCUACAAUGAAAGAUGCAGGCAGAUAUACCUGUAUGUGUGACUUAAACAGCGGACCCAUGGAUGAAGCUCUGACACAGAUUUAUGUUUAUGAGGCUCUUUCAUUUGGAAGUACCCCCAGCUACCAUGAGUUUCUGGAGGGCACAAAUGGUUUGGUGCCAUGCAUGGUGACUGGCAAGCCAGUGGUGGAUGUUCAGUGGCUCAGAAACAAAGAAGAAAUCUCCACUAAUGCAGGAAAGCGUGUGCGUCAGCUGCCUGAUAAUACACUCCUCAUUGAGAAUGUGAAGAGAGAGGAUGCUGGAACAUACUAUUGCCAGGCCCAGAUCAGAGGAAGGCCCAUCAAUGAGCAACUCCCCAUCUCUGUUGUCGUCAAUGUUUUUCCAUCUGUGCGUCUGAGAGAAGAAGUGAAAAAAGUGAUGGCCGGACCAGAAGCCAAUGUUUCGUUGCUGUGUUUAGUAGACGGUGUACCAAAACCCAACAUCACCUGGACCAUGCCUGUAGCAUAUGACCCUUCACAUCAUCAGUUUAACUCAGACCGCAGCCAGCUGACCAUACGGUCUGUUGCCCGGGUCGACUAUGGAGAGUACAUGUGCACCGCCACCAACAAGAUAUCUGAGAGCAGUGCUACUAUUUUGCUUCAUGUUUUUGAGGCCCCAGAGGUGUUUGUGUCAGCAGAGCAGCAGAGUGUAUCAAUGGGUGAGCGUGUAUCUGUGUCCUGUAACGUCUCAGGCCAUCCUCAGCCUGAGCUGCACUGGCUCAACAAGAACAAUGGACGCACACUGGACUCCACCACCGGUCGAGUCCGCGUCGUUGAUGGUGUGUUGGUGAUUGAUGAGGUAGUGCCCUCUGAUGGUGGACUGUAUUCCUGCAUGGCUGUCAGCAUCUCUGGAAAUGCAUCCAGAGACAUUGCAAUACACACCCAGCCUGGUCCACCUCACUACCUGUCAGUCUCACCUGGACCAACAUCAGUCAUCUUCUCCCUCAAAACCGCACCCAUCGAUGGAGGGACACCAAUCACAAGUUUUGUCCUGCAGUGGAGGCAAAGUGCAGCAGAACAGUGGAAGGAGAUCGCAGUCCCAACUUCAGGUCCUCUAACUCUCACCAACCUCAAGCCAUACACAUUGUACACAGUGCGUCUGGCUGCCUUGAAUGCCAUGGGAGUGGGACAGUUCUCAGAAACAAACACCGUCCGCACCCAGGGAAUACGUGAACCAGACAGUCCAGUGUUGUCGUCCAGUGAGAUGAAAGUAGAGGGCAACUCCAUCUUCAUCCCUCUUAAACAGCUUGAUGAUGGUGGAACUCCUCUGCUGCGCUUUGACAUGCGAUACAGACAGGAUAAAGAGGGGAUUGAGUGGAAAAAUGAGGAGCUGCCAUCCGAUGCUGACUCUAUCUCCCUUCAAGACCUGUCCUACGGCUCAGACUAUCAACUGGAACUCAAAGCCAUCAAUGCUAAUGGUUCCUCUAUCCCUGCCAGGUUCAACUUCACCAUCGCAGCACAGCCUGUGAGCAACCGCAUGACCAAAGGCAGCGUGAUUGGCAUCGUCAUGGUGAUCUUCUUGGUGGUAUUCCUGGUGGUAGAUGUCACCUGCUGCUACAGAAAUCGCUGCGGCCUGCUCAUGUCCAUCGUGAAACUCUUUGGACAGAAAGUCCCAGGCCUCAAAAUGUUUGAAGACGGAGAGGUAGCCACCAAUGGAGAAGUGAAGCUGAAGGGUAUAACAACUCCAAGAGCCAGUGUGCAUGAUGCAGGGGUUCAGACACUCACUAGGGACGGGCAGCUUGCAGAGGUCACCUGCGACAAAGCCCCCCUCACCAAACACGAGAAAAAACUGUCAGGCAGAGACCUGCACUUUGACGAUGCAUGAGACCAGACACCAGAGAAACAGUAAAGUAAUAAUGUAAAGACAAGAAGAUAUCAAACAAUCACUGAGUCUUAAUAACUGAGUCAGAACAGUCAGCGAUCCUUACCUUCAAUACAACUUCCAUGGGAAAGGUCAAUCAUUACUGACAGGCUGCAGGAAAAAAACUGAUGUUGCUGAGGUUUAUUUAAACUGAUCUGUUUCAGACGUCUGUGCUGUUGGAGUGAGAGGACAGUGGGCUGAAAAUCAGCUCGCAUAAAGACUGACACAGACGUCAUUCAUUCAUUCAUUCAUUCAUUCAUCUUCUAACCGCUUCAUCCUCUUGAGGGUCGCGGGGGGGCUGGAGCCUAUCCCAGCUACAUCGGGCGAGAGGCAGGGUACACCCUGGACAGGUCACAGACGUCAUUUUUUUUGUAAUUUUUUUUUUUUGUUUUUUUUUUUUUUUGUUCUGUGUGCUCUGAUGGAGGUUAGGUCAAAAGACAAAUUUUACAUUACAAUUUUACAAAAAUUCAUUUUACAGCGUAAUUUUGAUGUCUUGUGUUUUACAGGGUAAUAUUACUAGUGUUAUAAAUUUAGCUUCAAAUAUUUUCUAAAAGUCACAACAAAUGUUUACCUUCAGCCUUUUGAAUGUUGUGCACAGACACAAGAUCUUAUUUUAUAUUUACUCUUUGGUAAAUGUACCAUGGAUAUCCUGUGUAAUGCGCUGAAGAAUUCUGUUUUUUACCUAUAUGUAUAUAUUUUUUAUUGUUUUUAAUGUUUUUAUUAACAUGCAACGUGGCUGCUCUCCUGAUGGUAAUAUAAGACUAAACAUCUUAUACUUUCAGAUGAAAUAACACUGUAUCCUGAUACUGACCUGUAUUUUGAACCAUUUAAAGGACAUUUCAGCUUAAACUAAACUUGCCUAACUUUUAUUUAAUUAUCAUAAACUAAUAUUUAUUGUUUUUAAACCAUACAUGAGAGAUAUUUAUCACGAGAGGCUUUGAACUUGAGGCCAUAUUUGAUUUUGUAAUCAGCUCUAUAAGAACUUUUUCUUUUUUAAUUCUCAGCACCUAAUUCACGGGAGCAUGUAAUUAAAAGCAGCUUUUAUUAUGAGAACCUUCUUUGAUGUACCUGUAAUAAUAGGUGUCAUGUAAAACAUAUAUACACCCAAACAAAGUUGACCACUGCUGUAAGUUAUUCUGGACCUAUUGUCAAAUUGAAAUUUACAGUAAGUAAACAUGUUCAGAGGUGCUGUAUGUGACUCUGGAGAAAGACAGAUGAUUCUUGAGUCUCAUUCCCAGAGUGUCAGAUACUGACGUUGUUAUUUGUCAGCCUAGACUUGACAAUCAUCCAUCUUUCUCCAGAGUUACACACAGCACCUUUCAAGUGAAAAUGUUUCAGGUCAAAUAUUUAACUUGCUAUGCCGUCUUUCAUGUUUUCAAGUGACCUGACCGUCUUAUUGAAGUGUUAUGAUAUUGUUGUAAUAUUGCAUUGAACACUGUACAUGGCUGUACAUACACAUGCUGUUACAUCUUUUUGUUCGAUAAAAACUUGGACUGUAAAA